GUGAUCUGCGGCUCGACUGACAUCCCGGCGGCCUUUGCGUGAGCAAAAUGGCAGCCCCCAUACCUCGGGGCUUGUCCUCCUUAUCCAGGACUUUGGGAUGGUGGUCACGGCAGCCCAUUCUGGUGACUCGGUCCACAGCUGUAGUUCCAGUAAAAUCCAAAAGCCGUUUCAGACCACCGACUCGUGAACCCAACUACAAAACAGAAAAGGAGUUUUUGGAAUAUGCCAGGAAAGCAGGAUUGGUUAUUCCACAGGAACGUUUGGAACGUCCUAUACAUUUGGCCUGUACAGCUGGUAUAUUUGAUCCCUAUGUUCCGCCGGAGGGGGAUGCUCGAAUGUCAUCUCUUUCAAAGGAAGGACUAACACAGAGAACUGAGCGAUUAAGAAAGAAUGUGGCAUCACAGUUGGCAAUUCGAAAGAUAAAGGAAUUUGACGCUAAUUUUAAAACAAAAGACUUCCCUGAAAAAGCUAAGGAUAUUUUUAUCGAAGCUCACCUUUGUCUAAACAACUCAGACCAUGACCGGCUUCAUACCUUGGUAACUGAGCACUGUUUUCCAGACAUGGUCUGGGAGCUCAAGUACAAGACUGUGCGCUGGAGCUUUGUGGAGUCUCUAGAGCCGGCCCAAGUGGUUCAUGUCCGUUCUUCAGGUCUGGUGAACCAGAGCAACAUGUACGGCCAGGUCACCGUGCGCCUGCACACUCGGCAGACGUUGGCCAUUUAUGAUCGGUUUGGCAGAUUGAUGUAUGGGCAGGAAGAUGUGCCCAAGGACGUCCUGGAAUAUGUGGUGUUUGAAAGGCACUUGAUGAACCCGUAUGGGAGCUGGAGAAUGCAUGCCAAGAUUGUGCCCCCGUGGGCACCCCCUAAGCAACCAAUUCUCAAGACCUUGAUGAUUCCUGGUCCUCAGCUGAAACCGUGGGAGGAGUACGAAGAGACACAAGGGGAGGCCCAUAAGCCUCAACUAACCUGAUGGCAUGAAUGACUCCUGGGGAGCCUGGCAGAGGUGGCGCACACCUUUAAUCCCAGCACUCGGAAGACAGAGGCAGGUGGAUCUCUGUGAGUUCAAGGGCAGCCUGGUCUACAGAACAAGUUGCAGGGCAGCCUGCGCUACACAGAGAACCCUGUCUCAGAAAAAAACAAAAGAAAAAAAUUUAAAAAAGACUUCUGAGAGGUGCUCAGGGGGUGGGGCUGCAAACUCACCUCCUCCUGGAAGGCUUCCCCUGCCUCCCCUGCCCUGCCUGGGUCAGCAACCCCAACCCCUUUCAGUCAUGGCUGAUGUGUGGCCCAGGUGGGCGCUGGGCAGCCAUGCAGCAGCAUCUUUUUACAGCCAUGUUUAGCUUCUGAGGGGAAAUGAGAAGCAUCAGGAGGGAGAGCAGAUGUGGCACUGGGCUUUCCCUGCAGGCACUGUGGGAUCAGACAACAGCUUGCUUUUUUCUAACCAUAGGCCAGGUCAGCAUUUGGAAUAAAAUACUGUCAAAGAGUUGAAUAAACUGUGCGUCCUGUGCAUUUCCCCUGGUUCAGACUGGGAACGGGGCAGUUCUGUGACGUCUGUCAGGCGUGGGAAGUGUCUGUCAGGCAUGUAGUUAUGAGUGAUGUGGCUUCCAGGAACUCUAGACAGGAAGAAUUCCAAGUGUCUACAAACUAGAGCAUCCUGCUUCAGUCCCGCCACUCAGGAAGUUGGGGGAAGGGGAAGAUCAGAAGCUUAAUAUCAUCCUUGGCUACACACAAUUCAAAGUCAGUCUGGGCCACCUAGAUUCUGUCUCAAAUGAACAGCAACAAAAAUAGGGUGCUACUUAAUUUUAUAUGCAUGAGUGUUCUGUCUGCAUGUAUGUGAGUGUUCUGUCUGCAUGUAUAUGAGUGUUCUGUCUGCAUGUAUAUGAGUGUUCUGUCUGCAUGUAUAUACUACAUGCAUGGCUGGUGUCCUUGGAGGUCCAAAGAGGGUGUCAGAUCCCCUGGAACUUGAGUUAUGUAUGGUUGUGAACCACCAAGUAGGUGCUAGGAACUGGAUCUGUGUCUUCUGCAAGAGCAACAGGUAUUCUUUUUUCUUUUUUUAAGAUUUAUUUAAUGUCCGUGAGUACACUCUCACUGUUUUCAAACACACCAGAAGAGGGUCCCAUUGUGGUUGUGAGCCAUCAUGUGGUUGCCGGGAAUUAUUGUUUUAGGACCUGUGGAAGAGCAGCCAAUGCUCUUAACCACUGAGCCAUCUC